AUGGGGAGCCAUAUUCACGUGCAUGUCUUCACGAGCGGUACAUAUCGAGCUAUGUCCACAAACGCAUUCCUGCUGUGUUUUAUGAAUUUCCAAGGUCGUAGAGGCAAGGUAUCGCAUCUCUACAGUGACAACGGAACCAAUUUCUUGGGUGCUCAUAAUGAGAUGAAAAUGUUACUGGAUAACAUAAACGAACGAAUGAUUUCCGGGGAAGCCAUCAAGCUUGAGUUAUCUUGGGAAUUCAAUCCUCCAAGAGCACCACAUUUUGGGGGAGCUUGGGAGAGACUCAUCAGAAUAAUUAAGGACACACUAAAGGAAAUGAUCAAUUCACGUCCAAAUCGAGCACCAACAGUAGAAGUGCUAAGUGGAGCCCUAAUUCAAGCUGAGUAUUUCCUAAAUUCACGACCUUUGACCCAUAUUCCUUUGGAUAGAGAAGAUGAUGAAGUGCUUACGCCGUUCCACAUAAUAAUAGGAAGGUGGCAAGCGGAGUAUUUGCCAUUAAUAGCGCAACGACAGAAAUGGAACACAGAGACCGAAAAUAUCAAGGCUAAUGAUGUAGUAGUUAUCGUGGAUAAUAGCGACAAUAGACGCAACUGGUUAAAGGGUAGAGUCAUCGAAGUAAUAGCGGGAAGAGAUCAAAAAGUUCGCAAGAUUAAGAUAAAAACAAUCCAUGGAAUCUACACCCGGGCAGCAUCCAGCGUAGAAGUGUUGGACGUAUACCGUACACGAAAUGAACAACCGGUUAAGGAUCGAUUUAAACCUACGGCAAGUGAAGCGGUAAUGAUAAUUGGCGAAUACAACGAACCAUUAGUACCAGUACAACCAACAGAAUCGGCAGAAGCAAUCAAAGGGGACAGCGAGCAAUCAGCGAUGGCGGUCAACGAGCACAACCCGACAUUGGCACGAAAGGGUUGGUCAAUAAACAACGACGUUAUCAUCGGGGAAGCAACCAGCUGCAAGAAGGCAGCCGAAAACAUCGUAGUCAGCGACGAGGCAACGAAGAACAACAAGAACAUCGUAGUCAGCGACGAGGAAAACACGAAGAGUGACGAGAACGUCGUAUUUAUUAACACAAUACCGGCGGACAACGAGAUCAUCACACCAUCGGGAACCAUCGAAGCCAACGAAGCAAUCAUCGAGGCAUCGUGA